AUGAACGGUAUAAAUAUGUCGCUGAUAACUAAAAAGGAAAGCGUCAACGGUCCAUACCGAAAAAUGCUACCAUAUUUACCGUCAUUUUUGUGUGUCAUUAUCCUACUGAUGAACUCGUGUUCAACUUCCGAAAACCCAACUCCAUUGGUUGACGUUGUGCCAUCACCAGUGAUCUUAAUCACGCCAGAAAGGCUGCUUGACGGCCAGUCCAGCUGGAUCUAUGCCUUUGGUGCGGACGAAAUGAAUAUGUCUUUUUCAGCUUCGUGUGGUGGAGAAUCCGCAAAGUUUUGUCAUUGGGUAAUGUCCGAACCCUUCGGAGAUGUCCAUCGGAUUGCAUACAAGCUGAAUCAGCCCCGCGAAGGGAUGAGAGCAAUUGACUUGGAAGUUCAUGUUACGUUCACCGGCGAGCAGGGAAAGAAGCCCGUUUCUCUUUACCGUCACUUGCCCAUAGACACCAGUCGCGAUCUGAUUUUUAUUGAGACAGAUAAAUCGACCUAUCGCCCGGGAGAGACAGUUUGGUUUAGUGUGAUCCACUUGCAACCCAAACAUUGGAGCUUGAUGCCUGAGCCGGAACCACGUCCUGACCCUAUUUUCUCCAUCACAGUGAGUAAUGACAGUGAGAACGUUAUCAAAAAAUGGAAUGAUGUUCAAGCUUCUAGCGCCAGGAAGCUUUCCGUUCAGGUUCCCAUAAAUGCGACCUACGGAACUUGGACAAUCAACGUACAGAUGGCUGAUGGAACAAAGUCCGCGAAAAUUUUGAUUUUGGGUGAACAAGAGCUAGUUCCAACCAUUCGAUUUGAGCCAAUCAUGUGGGACUUUGUUAAGAACCAAUGGUACAAACUGGGCGUUUGUGUGAAUCAAACUGACGGAAGAGCUGCAGAGGGUCCAGCAACAUUACUCUUGUGCCAGUGCAAAUCAUUAACUCCCGAUUCGAAGCAAUUUGGCUGGUAUCACUCUUCGUUUGUCUUGGAUUCUAAAGCAACAGAGACUUUGAUGGAUAAGAGAGUAUGUUAUAGGGGCGAUGCUGUGAGACGACCAUGCUCAUUCGCCGACGGAUUGAUAUUGGACGGCAGAGGCUGUGUAAUACACUCGUUUUUGCCAAGUAUCUUUCGCUCUGAACACGGUAUUCUGAGCACGGGUGCUCCGUUCGUUGCAUGUGUUCGCGUUUUCGACGCUCCAACAGGUCGUUUUCAUCAGUUAUGUCAAGUGUUGUCAGAUCGCCCAAGAACAGAGGGUGAAAUCAUGUUUCCACCUUAUUACAAAUACGGAAUCCCUGUCUCGGGCUCAGUACGACAACAUCCGUCGGCUCAUUUGCCAAAGUACAGGGGGCGUCUCAGAACUUACUACAUAGACGACAAGUGCAAACAGAUGCCGUGGACCGACAUCCGUUUGCCAAAAAAGGUUUCCAACCGCGAUAUAUUGGGCGGUCUCGCUCCACGUGUGUUACACAGCGAUCACAUCAUAGAACAGAAUGAAUUUCUAGUCGAUUCCUUCAUUCUCCCCCCAAUCUUCUCUGCCAGUCCUAUUUUCGUCCAGUCGCUGCCUAACCGUUUUAUGCAUGGUCGAUUUGACAGCACUUCUGAGAACACCAUAUAUCCUCUCUUUGGCAACAAUACAUAUGAAGCCAUACAGCUUUGGCCCUCAUCCACUGAGCCAAUCGAGAUGACAUGUGAAUCGACCGCACGCUUCACAGUGGUUGGAAAUACUCAUCUAGUCGAUAAGCAAUGGUUUGUGUUCGCUUAUGCUAGAGGGACAAUAGUCGAACUUGAACUUCUCAGUGAUGAAGAGCAAUUAAAGUAUGACUCCCAAUGUCAUGAUCAAGAUGGACCUUUAGGACAUUACGUGUGUUUGAGCGAAGAAGCUGAUCAAGAUGACGCGAUUGAAUGUCUACCCGGUUGGCAUGGAAUCGGCUGCUUGGAACCAGUGUGCUCGAAACCAUGUCAUCCACAGACCGGUUAUUGCUUAAUUCCCAAUGAAUGUCGCUGCCGCUACGGCUGGACAGGUAAGGCGUGUAAUGAGUGUUUACACUGCAUGAACAAUACGUGUGGAGCACUAGAUGGUCCUGUUCCAUGGCCCUGUGAGAUGCCCAACACGCAGAAAAUUGUCCAAGUGUUUUUGGAGGUUAUGCGGUCCCCAAGAUCGACACAACAGUCAAAAAGGUUUCUCUUUCAAAGGACUUUGACUGUGAACGUCCAAACCAAGGUGUACGAUGAGCUGAGAUUUGUUGUGUUUUAUUUUCGGCGUGAUGUUGCUGGAGCGUUGGAACCCAUAGCAACACAUGGAGUAAUCCGUCACACAGGCUACUGUCCUAAAGAAGCUGCAGUAAAAUUCGACCGACAUCAUGCCAUACCAGGAGCCACGGUACAGCUCAUUGUCAAACCGGACACUACAUUUCUGAGCGAGAAUGCAGUCUGUCAUGUCAGAGUCUGGGACGAGCGUAUUUUAACUGAAGUUGCUCACCAAAAUUUGCUGAAUCCUGGCGCUUACGACAAAAAGCUUUCUUAUAGCCUAAAGAAAACGCGGUCGCGUGAAGCCACAUUGUCAUCGGGUAGUUUCUAUGAAUUCGAAUCGGCUGGAUUAAAGGUAACGGGCUUAGUUGCAGAAGUAAACGAAACUCGAUCAGAAUGCAGAUCAUGGAAUGAUCCGGUGCCUCCGGAUCUUCCAAGAGAACAGAGGGUUUGGCACUCUGAAAGUAUCCUCUAUGAAGUUGGAAGAAUUCGGCGUAUUUAUUCUGAAAGCGAGGGUCAUGAAAGUACAUCUUAUCAGGGGCUCCAGUAUUACUUUAAUGUUCCGGAAACGGGUCAACAUGUACGAGCUAGUGCAUUCUGUUACGGAGACGAAAAAGGCGUAUGGAGUUCCACCUCUGAACCGAUGUCAAUAGACAUUGAUACCGAGUUCCGCCUUAUAGGGGUCUCGGAAAUGGACCUAUUGGAAACUGCCUCCUUGAAGGUUGCUCUGUCCCUGCACAGCUUCAUCAUAAAAUACGACUGUGUAGGAGUAGUUGUAAAGAUAAGAGUGGAUGACCGAAUGCUUUCAAUCACUGGACCAGAAAUAUUCUCAUGGUGUGUCUGUGAUCGGACUGUUGAAACAUUCGUGACACAAGUUUCUGCCCGGUUUCCCGGUACGACAUUGAUUCGGGCAGAGUUGUUUCUGUACACUCAGAGUUCACUGUGUGGGGCCGUGCAUAAUCCCUCCAACUAUUUGGAGCUUAGGCAACCCAAGCCUUUACGUAAUGCUAUUAAGUUACUGCGCGUUCGUUCCGGUCAGAAUCCUGAAGUUCGGGUGAAUGUGCUGAAUUGUUUCAAUUUGCCAGCUUCAAAUGAAUCGGCGAGAACAUUCGAACUGCGAGUGGACGACCAACCAUCAUUCCGGCAUACAGCCUCCGGGCGUACAUAUUUAAGCUUCAGCAGCGACGUGGCUGAUUCAAUAAUGAGAAAUUUGGAUUACAUUUACCAAACGCCUAUGCUUUCAGCUUAUGAAUGCCUGUGUGUCUUGUCAACCGUCGGACAGGCGCUGGCUUACUUAACUCCGUACUACACAGAACCCCCACCAAGAAACAUCCACAACAUGGUAAUAUCUUCCUCUCGAACUCUGUUAGAGGCUAGGAACAGACUGUCACGAUUCAGAUUGUACCGGGGUCUGGGUAAGACAAUGAGCAUUACCGAGGGCCUUGAUACACGGGAUGCUCUGGUCCCUUGGUUGUUUUAUCGUGCACAGAGUAACUACAGCCUGUACACAGAAGACGGUGUCACGGUUGAUUGGAAGCUUAAUUUAUUAAUCUAUCGCACCCUGGCUCAUAUAGAACGAAUCCAACUUCAAUGGAUUACAGAGGCAAGAAACUACAUGAGAUCAGACAUUACUGAACUAUUUUAUGAGUUUCACUCAGCCUACCCAGUACCUAAUUGCCACAAAUCCGAUGUACUUUCUAACAACGAAACAAAAUUAUCAUUCUUCUCCCAGUGGUACAUUGCAGCGGAAGAGAGUCAGCUGGAAAAAACAGUCUUUAUGAAAGAAAACAAAGAAAUGUGGAAAACCAUCCGUCGGUUGGAAGUAUGUCUCGCGCUUUAUGCCCAUCGAGAUCUACAAAGAACUAGACCACAAAUAAGUCAGCUGAAAACGUCUACUCUCACCACCUUGGCCUACGCGUUGUCCCUGAUAGAUCCUGAUUUGAAAUCCUUAAAAAAAGUUAUUCAACUGAUCCGUGAACGACAGAUUCGAACCCAGUCAAAAUUUGGACAAGAACUACACUGGGAAGAUUCAGUUGAAGAGGCGACAAAAUAUCUGCCAGGCGAGCGCGCAAAUCCUACUGAAGUUACUUAUCACGCGUACAUGGCGUUGUAUAAAACCGGUGAGAAAUUCGCAGAACUCAUCCCCAUCAUACGAUGGCAAGUAAAGCACUUGCCCGUUUUUGGUACUGUUCACAAUCCACUGGAGUCUUACAUCGUUGCGUUGCAAAUUUUUACCUUUGCUCAACACCUGAACAGACAAAGCAAGUCAACAAGUAAAAAACCGAAAGCUUCGUUCCGAACUGAAUGGGGGUCAGAGGUGACACGGACUUUCGAUCAACCUAACGACAUCAACUUUGGGAGCGUCAAAAUGGUAGAUGAGUCAGACGACCGUAUCAGAUUUGUAAACCUCACAGUUAUCCCACAUCAAAACACAGCUCAGUGUGUUUUCGCCAGUCUGACACAUGUCUACUGGUCUCCUUCGGAAUCUCCAGUUGAAGAAAAAACACGAAACGUCACGUUGACAGUGGAUUCAGGAAGGGAUCCACUUAAUGAUCAACUGAGUGCACAGGUAACAAUAUGCUUACAUAACCAGACAUCACAAGCCGUACAGCUGAUCGUGAAACACCAAACCGGAUGGGAAAUGAGCCAAAUCAACAAACUGUCAUCAGAAUCACCACCCCUUUCCGGGCUGCUUAACGCUACCGAAGGAAAUCGGGCACGAUUUACGCUUUUCCGCAAACAAAGCAACCUGAAUGAAGAUCCAGAAUGCCUGAAGCUUGACUACACUCUCACAGCAAAUAUGUUCCUUUCCCAUCCCAUGAGCAUCACUGUAGAGCCUGUGACAUCUGCAGCACAUUGGAAGACGCACGUUUCCACUAUGCUACCAACCUGUGAUGAGCUUUUCGACCCAAACUGUGCCAAAAAUCAAUUCCUUACGCAACCGAAAGAUAUGAAAUGUCCGUGGAGAAUCGAUGAGCAUGCACAAUUAGUCGAAAGGCUAAGCACCCAGUGUAGCCAAACGAUAUAUGUCCUGGAGCGUCCAGCGAACCAAACGGUGCUGCAAGUUUACAGUGUCGCCAAAAGCGGUGUGUUUUCAAUGCGAAAAAUCCAUCCAAAUAAACAGCUGGUGAGUUGCCUUAGCACUCUUCGGUCGUGGACUAUUUUGAUCCUGCAACACACGGAAGGAGAACAAUCAAUCAAAGGCAAUCAAGCGGUGGACAGCAAGGACCUGUUUCGGUCAACACCCCGAGCCAUAUUUACUUUUGAAGCCGAUGAAUAUCGCCAAUCUAUUUUCCGUUUGGGGGUGGCUAGUGUGUGCAAAAAUUUCCAAACCGUUCACGAGUUACUAGUGAGUGGUAUAAUGACAUCUUGA